AUGGAACCCAUGGACCGGAUCGAAAAAGCAGCACUAGUGCUCUACCUCAAUCUUGGAGGAGAAAUGAUCUACGUUCUUCAACAGAGACUCAGUGCGCAAAAAGUUGCUCAGGAUAAAAGUGGAAGGGUGUUGCAGGAGGUCAUCGCGUGUCUCUUGUGUCCCAAACAGAUGGCGGAGCUCACGAAACUGGAAUGUCUCUCCUUGACCUACGCCAAAUUCAUCAAAUGCGUGUUCGAAAGGAUCGUUCAAUCUUCCAUCAUGAGGCUGAAUCGGGAAUCGAUGGACAAGCUCUACGAUCUGAUGACAAUGGUCUUCAAAUAUCAGGUCCUCAUGGUGCCUUCACCGCGACAGAUAGUCGCAAUAACUCUCAACCAUCUUGACACGAUCGAAGGAUAUGUCAAGGAAAAUCUGGAGCUUUGCGAGCGGAUAGCGUUCGUCAAGGACACUCUGGUGGAGAUAUUUUUUUCGACGUCUCUGGCGGAAUUCCAGACGAUUCGAUAUCAGCUCCUGACUUUUCUGCAGGACUUGCAUGUUCGCAUCUCGAUGUUCCUGAAAACGGGCGUACAAAAACAGACGGGUGUUUUUUCGAUGCCUUUAUUUGGCUACGUAACCGAAGGUUUUGAAGUGAACGGGACUAUUCGUGAGUUUGGAACGGACGAAACGCUUCUCAAAGAAUCCACCUACGUAACCGCGUCGCAUUUCAGCGCUUACAAAGUUCCCUACGGCAGCCGAAGGGGCACUGUUCUUGGGACGAAUAUGUACACAACCGCUUACCAGUCGAAAUCGUCCUCGCCGGAUGUUUCGGCGGCGACGAGUAAGAGCAAGAAAGGCAAUCCAGCCAACGAGCUCUCGCUUUUGAUGCAACUUGUGAACCCCACGGUAUCCAAGUCCAAAGGUCAAGAUUGCGUAGCUUUGAAUUUAUUGGGCGACUUGACGUCUCCUUCUGAUUUGCGCGGAGAGGUUCUGAACUCGUCGGGCCAGGAGGAAGGUCUCAAGAUCAUCGACCUGACCCUCGAAAGACGACGGAAUUCCGCUCACGAAGUCCACGAAGAAAUUGAGUGCAAAGCCUUCACGCCUGAGGAUACGCUGCUAGAUAUGAUCGAUGCCACUGACGCCAGUUGA